GUUUAUAUGCAGCAGCUGCCAAGGUGACGUGAUGUGAAUUGUUUGUUGACCGGCUCUGCAUUUGAUUAAAUCACUAGUAAACUGAAUUAAAAGUACACUAAAAUAAGUAGCGCCAUGUCUGUGAUUCCCAAAGAAGUGCUCAGCGACUACAAAGAGCUGUUCGAGCAGGCGAAUAAACUAGUCGAAGACGAAAGCAAAUCGGAUCCACCCACUGAUCCAUAUCGCUCCCAUUACAAGGCGCGCGAUGUGCUGCUGACGCUCAAGAAGCUGCUUGACGAUCAGUUGGUGUCGCUGCAGGCCAGCGAAGCAGAUGGCGGUCAAGAAGAGCUCAUCUACAAGGCGAUGCUUGGCUUUGUGCAACGAGACUUGGGACGGAUUUACAUAUUCACCGAGGAGUCGUCGGAAGGCGAGAAGUACUUGGUGCGGUGCUUGGAGCUGCUGGAGUCACACAAGCAACGUCCGGAGUGCAUCAUUGCCUACAUGGGUGCCAUCAAUGAGCUGAGCAUUGUGCUCGGCUCCAGGCAGGAAUACAAAAAGGCUGCCGAUCUGCUGCUGAAGGCGGAGCAGAGCUACCAGGCAUUUAAACAGAGUGGAGAGGUUGCAUUGAACUUAACAGAGCUGCACACUCCAGAUGAAACUCCUGGUGGAGGCAACCAGGAGCUGGAGAACAUCUAUACGCUGUGCGGCUUUUACUUGGCUCAGAUGUAUGGCCACAUUGGGGAGCCGGAGAAGUCGGCGCAAUGCUGUCAUCGCACCUUGUAUCGCCAACUACAGUACAAGACAUAUGAUCCCAUAGACUUCGCUUUGAAUACAGCCACAUUGUCGCAGUAUUACAUUGGCAAGGAUCGAUUCAAGGAGGCGCGUCAUCAUUUGGCCGCUGCCACCAUCAUUAUGGCGGAGCAUGAAGCGACCAUGUUGAAGCCCGAGAUGAGCGAACAACAGCGUGCGGAUUACACAGAGACCUUCAAGCAUCGCUAUGCGGAUGUGGCCCGUUGCUGGGCCAAAUACGGACUGAGUUUGCUACAGGUGUCCAGGGAACGUCUGCUAGCAGAUGACGAUGAAGAUGAGGAUGGCAAUAAGCUGAACAAAGCCACUGCUCAGCUGGCUUUGGAAGAUCAAGACUAUCGCUUUGUUGAUCUCGAUUUGGCUGCCUGCGAGCGUCGCGUAAGCUGCGACUUUUGUCUCACCUUUGACGAUGCCAAGCUCGUGUUUCACUUUGUCAACGAGUGGCUGGAUGUGGCCAAGGAUUACUACAAAGCGGAGACGGAGGCCACCGAAUAUGCCAAGAUAAUGCAAGACUUUGCCGAGGCAUACGAGGCCAUCGCCUUCUUCGAGGACAAUCCCGAGAACCAGGCGAAGAUGCAAAAGCGUCGAGCCAAGUAUUUGGAAGAUCUGCUUGAUCUACUCGACCCCGUGUUCUAUCUCAAGAUCUGUCGCGAAUGCUGGUAUGUGGCGGGCACGGCACAUGCUGCUGUGACGGACAUACGUCUUGAUAACAUGAAGGCGCAACAGUCGCCGACGCCCGAGGAGGUCAAGAAGGUGAAUCAGAGUUGCCUGAAGGCCAUCAAACACUUUGAGAGCUACGCCAAGUCUUAUCUAGUCGAUAACACUGAGAAAUGGCGCAGCAACAUGGAGCUGUGCGAGCAGCGUUUGAUGCUCUUUGCGCACUUUCACAUUGGACGUCUCUAUUACAAGUUGAUUGGCGCGAAUCCACAGCAGCAGCUGGAGCAGCUGAAUCAGUGUCUUCGAUACUACAAACGCUUCAGCGAAGCUUGCGCCGAGCACAAGGAAGCGUCGCAGCCAAUGCAUGGCGAGAUUGGCGUGGUGCGUGAGAUGCUGGAGCUGCUGCCCCUGAAGAUUAUGACGGUGAAGCGCAGAUUAGAGUAA